GCGAUCAGCGGAAAAGAGGAGGCGUGAACACACGCGCAGAUCCCCCUACUAGCUCCUCGUAAACCAGAAGGUGAUAAUGCCAGCUGCGAGACAGAACCUAUUCUCAUACUCGACUCUAUCUAGGCAGCUUUUUGGCGAUUGAUACGUAGGUAGGUAUUGGAGUAAUAUGAUGAAUUGGUGUUCUUCAACAGUUCGUAUAAAAUACUAGGUCGUUUAGCUUCGCAUACUUUAUUAGAGAAUAGGAAUGAACCUAUUCACGGCGAUCCUAAGCCGGAUUAAGGUUAGGUGCCGGGAUAGCUUGGCGCUGAUGUCGCGGCGCAGGUCCUUGAUCACGCAAUUUUAAGACUUUCCCUGGUCGUUCAAACGGUCCGUCACCGAAAUUUUUGUGCCGCUAGAGUUUGAAAAGAAGACAACCUCGUCGAGACUCGUAUAAAAAAUCGACGACGCGAUGUUGGUCGCUCUAAGAUAUUGGAUCUAAUUGGAAGUUGAUCCAUUCAUUACUAUCGUGUUCGGUACAUCUUUCGGGGGAGAACGCGCUGUUGAUUAACCAUCGAUUUACUUCCCGAAUGAGACUUCUUCGCCAUGUACAGUCCCAAGAGCUCUGACGCCGACCGGCCAAUCGCACAACCUGACGAAGAUGCCGAUCAGGGCGAUUUCCAUUCCAUUGACCCCGAAUCGGGUGUUAAACGCGGAUUGAAGACCCGUCAUCUAAGCAUGAUGGCUCUGGCCGGGAUCAUAGGGCCCGGGCUUUUAGUCGGAAGCGGAGGUGCUUUAUCCAGCGGUGGCCCGGCGUCGCUGUUGAUUGGUUUUGGCGUCAUCGGCAUCAUUGCUUUCAGUAUUAUGCAGAGCUUGGGGGAGCUAACAACUCUUUACCCUUCAGGGGGUGCCUUUACGCAGCUUGCAUCUCGCAUGGUAGAUCCCGCAUUUGGUGUCGCUGUGGGAUGGAAUUACUUCAUCAUCUGGUUCGCUGUACUCGCAAACGAAUACAACGCAACCACAAGCAUUCUCGUCUUUUGGAGCGAUAAAGUGCCUGUUUGGGGAUACUUCCUUCUCCUUUGGACAGCAUUCUUGCUCUUCCAAUUUUGCGGCGUUAGCACGUUUGGAGAAGCCGAGUUUUGGCUAGCACUCCUCAAACUCGUAGGAUUGGUCGCGUUUUACAUAUUCUCCAUAGUUUAUGUAUCGGGCGGGAUUAAGGGAGUCGACGCCAUAGGAUUCCGAUAUUGGCAUGAUCCAGGUCCCUUCGUCGAUGGGUUCCGAGGCGUCGCUAAGGUCUUCGUCUUCUGUUCAACUUUCUACGCCGGUUGCGAAUCUGUCGCCGUAGCUGCGACAGAAACGAAGAACCCCCGAGUUGCUGUUCCAUUAGCCAUUCGUCAGGUGUUCUGGCGUAUCAUAUUCGUCUACAUGGGCGCCGCAUUCUUCUUCGGCCUCACUUGCCCGGCGAAUGAUGACCAGCUUGUCAAUGGCAGCAGUCGUGCCUUGCUGAGUCCCAUGACAAUCGCAAUUCAGAAUGCGGGAUGGGAAGGUGGCGUGCAUCUCAUUAACGCCUUCAUCCUGAUCACUUGUAUCUCCGCCAUUAACAGCUCGAUUUAUAUCUCAUCCAGGACCAUAUUGUAUAUGGCUCAGCAAAGAAUGGCUCCGUCCUUCCUUGGGUGGACGGAUAAGCGAGGAGUACCGAUCCCUGCUAUCACCUUGGCAAAUGCUUUUGGCGCCAUAUCCAUGAUGAACGUCUCGACCGGCGCUUCCAAAGCUUAUAGCUAUAUUGUUAACUUGAGCGGUGUCUCGACUUUCCUAGUCUGGGGUUCCAUUUCUCUUACUCAUAUUCGCUUCCGCCAGGCUUGGGAAGCCCAGGGGUACCAGGUAGAGGAUCUUCCAUAUAUCUCUUUCGGAUACCCCUGGAAUGCGUAUUUCGGUCUAGCAGCGAACGUAUUUCUCGCACUGGUCCAAGGCUGGGCCAACUUUUCUCCCUGGGAUGCUGGCGGCUUCGUUGAUGCUUAUAUCCUGCUGCCCCUAUUUUUUAUCAUAUAUUUUGGAUACAAAAUAGCUUUUAAGACCCUUAUAUGGGACACACAUGAGAUUGAUUUACAAUCGGGGAGGCGGCGUGACUUGGAGGAGGCGAAGGAGAGAGCACAGGGUGAAAUAGGGGCACCUCAACCCUGGUGGCAUCGGCUUUUGAGGAAUUUCUAGCGAAUACAUUAAAUAUAUCUACUUAGGUCAGUAAUAGCUGUUCCUUGGUAUGUGAUAAAGCUAUAAGAAAGUCAGGUACCUACCGCAUCUUACUCUUACCACUAUAGUCAUAACGAGAAGAGAACUCAAUCAUGACUUGACGCGUCCUACCAUGAUGAACACCUGUGUUCAUCACAUAAAUCCCCAAUUUUUGAUACCCUCAGAGUCGAUGAGUGCUAUUCUAUUCGUGACUCUGUGUUUUAUGGCCUCUGAAAUCAGCCUGCACCUGGAUAGUCACCUAUGACGAUGCGUGCGAAUGUCAAGAUCCAACCGCGUUCCC